UCAAUGUUUUUAGCAAUCCCUUUUAUACGCGCUGCAAGUGCUCCAACAGUCCAGUCUUGAAAUAUACUUCUCGAAGGUUUUUAUUCGCGAAAAUACAUAAAUUUGUGCUGAAAUUUAAGUUCAACUAGUUUGUGAACUAAUUCGUUAUGGCAGAAGCUGCAAAAACAGAAAGUGCCCAUUGUGGUUCAUCUCAAAGGCGCAAGCAUCGGCGUGGCAAGAAAUCAAAAAUGGUUCCAAAGAAGACAAAGAAUCAAUAUCCGGCUUGGAAACUGGACAUGCUGCCAACGUCGACCGGGAAUGGUACCACAGGCACCGGGAGCAGUAGUUCUCGUACUAAAUUAGUGCGUUCGCGCUCAUUGCUUGUACCCUAUAACACGAACCGCUUUCUUAUGGAGGAGCACAUGUCCGAGUUGCCCAAGGAUGACUUCGACGAUAAUUGCUUUGGAUCACAGACCGAGGACCAGGAAUUGUUUCUGUCCAAAGAGUUCUCUAAUGUGUACGAGCGUGCGCGCCUUGAGCGACUGGAAACUAUGAGCAAGCAGGAGCUCAUACAGGAGUGUCUUCAAAUUGAGGAUCGCUAUUCGAAGGAUCAAGGGCGUCAACGUCAGCAGAAUCUAAAUGCACAGAAUAUAUCCAAGGAGUAUGGUGCUAAAAUACGAGCACUGGAGGACAAGAUACGUGAACUCAUGCGGGAAAAUCAAAUACUGCGAUCUCAUUUCAUUCGCUCGCGGUCGCCAACUAUUACGGCAGCAGCAGCUGCAGCCGCGUCUCCGCCCUCGGCAGCCGCGCCCACCGCAAGUGCUGCUUGUGAGCUGCAGGCACCCAUGGACUCUUCCAGCGAGGAUAGCGAAAGUGAUAGCAGCAGCUCAACAUCCACAACCACAUCCAGCUCCUCCUCGAGCAGCGAGGGCCAUGAGAUUGGUGUUGCCGGUUUAAACAUUGCCAAUGGCCAUGUGGAACGCAGUGUACAUCGGCACAGACACAGUCACAGUCGCAGUCAUUCCCGUUCUCCCAACCUGGUUAUUGGUGCCCCGUUAAAUGGACAUGCAAACGAGGAGGAACGCUUGAACCUCCUGGAUGCCAGUCGCAUGGAAGAGGAUGAUGACAACUCCAGUGAGGAUGCCAAGAACGAUGCCGAUGCAGUAGACGAACCACCCAAAUAAACUAUACUCUCUUAAUCCACCUGUGUAAAUAGACGACUCAUUAAUUGUGCUAGACCAGUUGCAUGAUAUCGAGAUAUCCCAAUUCCCCGCUUAGUAAUAAGUAUGUGAUUAUGGCAGAAAGACAA